CAGAGAAGGGUGACAGAGAAGUUGACUUGGAAUGAAUAUGAGAGACAAAAGAAAGUGGAACAAGAAGAGGAGAGGAAAGGCUACAAUAUUUAUUUAAUGUUAUUUCCACCAAAGGAAAGCUGCUCUCGGUUUAAUACUAUAUAGUAGUAUAACAAAUUUUAUUCGAAUCCCAAGAAUAAAAAAUAGAUUUUUUGGAUUUAUGUUUGGUGAGAGACUGGUCGGACAAUUACAUUCGUUGGAUAAAAGUGUGUUUUGUUUAUCUUACAGCGCCGAUUAUGGGAAGAAAGUUCUUUAAUUAGACUGUUUUGAGUGCUCACAGCUACUUUUUUUUUACCAUAAGCGGUUUCCUCGUACCUUCUUACUCUUUGGAUUAUUAAUAAACCACUUCCUCUCUUAGUCUUUUUUCCUACUAAAGUCUUUUGGUAGAGGAGUUUAGAUGAGAGAACAUUCUUUUCUUUUGACAAGUCUUGAAUAUUCGGAUUGUAUAAGUUGAUGAUCAUUGACAAAGCCAAGUCUUUAUUAAUGGUCAACACACUGAGUCCACGACGCCGGUUCAAGUCAAUGGGAUUAAUAGUUAAGAAAAGUAUUUAUAUAUGUGUUGAAUGUGGACAUGACAUCUGCUGCUUCUUAUUUAGUUACUUGAACCAUAUCUAUUUUUUUUUGAGAAAGAGAAGAUAUGUUAACCUUUUUGUGUUUAACCAUGCAAACUAUGUAGUAAUCCUAGAUUAAUAUUUAGGAAAAUAUUGUUUUUCAAAGUAGUUAAGACUAAUCACAGUAAUCACUAACCUAGAGAAAAGCCAAACCCAACCGGAGAUAACUGAGUUCCGGUUCAAUUAUUGCUAAGAAUGUAAAUAUAAACCAAACUAAACCGAUGACAAAAAAAAACGAACUAAACCAGCAAAUCAAACCAAGUUUUAAUUCGUAAUUAUACCGAUGGAGAAUUCGGAUUAGAAGGCCCAUAAAGUUGGCCCAACAAACAAAAAACUCGACAACGUGGUUUCAAACUACAAAGUAAACCGCUCUGUUCCUCAACUGAAGUAAACUGUCUCCCUGUCCCUCCAUAACUUCCUCCCCACGUAACCGUCUCCUUCUACUUAAGCAACCCUUUCUCCAACUUUCAUCCUUUUUCUCUUUUCUUCACCACUUUCUCUAUGUGAUCACAAUGACCACCAAUAAUUCCGAUUCUGAUCCCAAUUUUCACACUCCACUUAACCCUACUUCCAACGCAAUCAUCCCUUUCUACCGUACUCCGAAUCUCCAACUUGCUUUAUCUCCAAGUUACGAUCAGAGCCCUAGAAAGAAACGCACCAAAACGGUUGCAUUACCCUCUAGUUCUUCACCAAAACCAAAACCAAAAUACCCUAGAAAGCCAGACCCUAAUGCCCCCAAAAUCACACGUCCAUGUACCGAAUGUGGCAAAACGUUUUGGUCAUGGAAAGCUCUCUUUGGUCACAUGAGAUGUCACCCUGAGCGUCAAUGGCGUGGCAUCAACCCUCCUCCUAACCACCGUGGCCCCACCCCGGCUUCAUUUUCAAACCAGAACCAGAGAUCACCAAAUUGGGUCUCCCUUAUGACCGAGGAAGAUCAUGAAGUCGCUUCUUAUCUCUUAAUGCUGGCUAAUUCCACACCGUCAUCAUCAAGUAGUGGUGAGCGGUUCGAGUGUGGAGGUUGCAAGAAAGUGUUUGGAUCACAUCAGGCUUUAGGAGGACAUAGAGCUAGUCACAAGAACGUUAAAGGAUGCUUCGCUAUCACGAACGUGGCUGAUGAUCCUAUGACGGUUACUACUACUCCACUGACUACUCCUAGUGAUCAAGAUCACCAGGGUAAGAUCGUUACGUUUAUGGGGAAUCAUAAGUGUAAUAUAUGUUUUAGAGUAUUCUCCAGUGGCCAGGCGUUAGGAGGUCACAUGAGAUGUCACUGGGAGAAAGAAGAGGAGACGAUGGUCGGUGGUGCGUUCGAUCUGAAUGUUCCUGCAACAAUACAGGAUAUUUCUACUUCGGACACAACAGGGUGUUCAUUAGAUCUUAGGUUAGGGCUUUAAUUAGUAGAAUAUAAUUAUAGUUACAUGUUGGAUGUUGGCUUCUAGUAUAUAUAUAGGAUAAUGUUGUUAAUGUUGUGAUUUGAUGAUCUGGAUAAUGUAUGUCGCUAGGAUAUUGGUGUGUUUUGUGUAUUCUCAUAUA